AUGUUACGAACCAAUGUAAAAAUCCUGCAAAGGCUGCUGCGAAGCAAACACACGGUGUUCGGUAAGGUAUCGUGUUCCAGACUCGUUUUAGGCCUCGAGACGAGCUGUGAUGAGACCGGGGCUGCUGUUAUGGACGAAACGGGUGUUACACUGGGAGAAUCCCUGCAUUCCCAGAAAGAAGCCCAUCUGAGGACCGGUGGCAUCAUCCCUCUGGUGGCACAGCAGCUCCACAGAGAAAACAUUGAGCGUGUGGUUCAGGAGGCCUUAGAGAGAAGUGGUGUGAGCCCAGGCCAGCUCUCUGCUGUGGCCACCACCGUGAAGCCAGGUUUGGCCCCGAGUUUGAGCGUUGGCCUGGAGUUCAGCCGGAGGUUCGUGAGGCAACACAACAAGCCGUUCAUCCCCAUCCACCACAUGGAGGCCCACGCUCUGACCGUCAGGAUGCUCUGGCCCAUCUCCUUCCCUUUCCUGGUGCUGCUCGUCUCCGGGGGACACUCGCUCCUCGCUGUGGCUCGGGGGGUCGACGACUUUCUGCUUUUGGGUCGCACGUUGGACGACUCACCUGGAGAUUUACUAGAUAAAGUGGCCCGACGUCUGUCCCUGAUCAAACACCCUCAGUGCUCCUCACUGAGUGGAGGUCAAGCUAUAGAGCUUCUGGCGAAGGACGGAGACAGGAAGAGGUUUAAUCUCCGAACACCUAUGGGACAUAUUUACGACUGCUGCUUUUCCUUCGCUGGACUUAAGACUCAGAUUAUUAGAACGAUAAAGAAAAUGGAGACUGAGGAGGGUGUGGAAGAAGGAACUCUGCUGUCAUGUGUGAAGGACAUCGCUGCUGCCACGCAGCACACUGUAGCCUCUCAUCUUGCGAACCGCACCUAUCGAGCCAUCCUUUUCUGUAAAGCGAACAGCCUGUUGCCAUCAGAUGAUCCCACCUUGGUUCUGUCUGGAGGAGUCGCGAGUAACGAGCACAUCCGGGAGGUUCUGACCUUCACCGCCGAGUCGACCGGACUCCGUCUGCGUUGUCCUCCUGCCAAUCUCUGCACCGACAACGGAGUGAUGAUCGCAUGGAACGGCGUGGAGCGUCUGAGGGAAGGAAAAGGGAUUCUGCCUCCAAACGUGGACGUCUUCUAUGAGCCGAAGGCACCGCUGGGUGUCGAUAUCACAGAGGAGGUGAGAGCAGCCGCCAUCAGAUUACCACCAAUCAGGAUCAAGAUCUGAGUCAGCUGGAGUUUGAUCAGUCGGACUAGAAUCUGUGUAAAUAUGUGAGUUUUUACACCUGUAUUUAUUAA